AUGGGAAAGCUCACUUCUCAGGGUGAGAAGACCAGGGAUGUGUUAGUGCCAACCAUACGAACUCCUCAACCCAUUGCCGCGGGGUCACUGCUGGACGCCGUGCGGCGGCGGAGGCGGCAGCCGGGCGGCGGCGGCGGGCGACGAGCCGGCGCCACCAGCGACGACGAGCCGGCCGACGAGCCCGACGACGACCCCGAUGACGACGAUGACGACGACGAGGCCGACGACGCGGACGUCGACGAGGAGGAGGAGGACUUGGGCCUCCCGCGCUCGCCCUGCAACUCGCCCACCACCGUCGACGAGCUGCCCACGCAGUCACACAGCACGUGCAGCGAUGGCUCGCUGCUCAGCAUGGGGAGCUCGGAGAUGGACGAGGACUCCCUUGGACAACACUCUGGUCAUUCUUCCAAACUCUCUCUACAUGACAAGAAAAUGCUACAAGAACCUGACCCGGAGCCGGAGCUGGAGCUGCGUGUGUCAGCCACGCCGCUGUCGCACUCUGCGGCCAGGCACAAGAUGGCGGUACGCCCUCGCCGCACUCACGGCGCCCCGCGGCGCAGGCAGCGACUGCACCAGCUGCCUGCGACGCCCGAGGUGCUGGAGGAGGGCGUAGGCCGUGCAGCCACCCCCGACACUCGCCACGCGCCCGCACAGGCCCAGCAGCCGCAGCCACAGCAGCAGCCACAGCCACAGCCACAGCAGCAGCCGCACAGUUAUAUUAUUUUUAAAUGUGGGUUCUGCAUGCUCUCUCAAAAUGAAGUAAAUUAUAAAAUUAUUGUUAUCAACUCAUUUACUCAUAUCUCUGUGAAAUGUAUUGUAUAG